GCAGGUUUAUCUCAAAUACUUGCUGCAAAAGACAUUUUUCGCAUUUCGAACAAAGAACCACAAUGAGCAUGCUGUCACAGGAAGCGCGUCUGCUGUAUCGGAGGCUUUUGAGGACACAGCGGCUACGGUUUGAAGGUGAUCUCCCAGUGAUGCUUGCGGCGCACAGACAGACGCGAACAGAGUUUGAGGCGAACCGGUCGCUGACAGAUGAGAAGAAGAUCAAAAAGUGUCUGAAGCACGGCACCCAGGUCGAAGAAGUUAUCCGCCGGUAUGUGGUGCAGGGUAACAAGGUCGAAGAUAAGGACAACACAUAUUCGAUCGCAUUCACGUCAGAGCACGCCCUGCGCGACGCCCAUCCGAUCCUGAUCAAGAGCACGCUGCAAAAUAAGGACAAGGACGAGUAGCUGAUGCGAUGACAAAUACAUAUGAAUCCAGAACACACCAGCUGCUUGC